AUGGAUGCGUAUGCACUUCACCUGGCUAUGGCGGCGCUGGUGGGAGCCUCCGUCGUCGCUUUCUCGGCAUACUUCAUGCAUCGUAAAACCCUAGAGCAGGUUCUUGAAUAUGCGCGCGCGGAGCGCGAGAGUGAGAGGGGGAGGAACCGCGACAAGGACGGGGGGGACUUCGAUGAGGAUGGGGCCUCAGAGCGGGAUGCACAGUCCCCAUCGGGCAAGUACAACAAGAAAAGUCAACCGCUCCAGCACCCUUCUUCCCGUCGCAGGGCAGCAAGCUACUACCGGCGGGGAUCCGCUUCUUUGCCGGACGUUACGGCCGCGACUCUCGUCGGCGGCGAUGACGAUCAUCAGGUGGACAGACAUCGUCCCGUAAUAAAUGGUUCUUUCACGGCAUCUAAUGCUGCUACUCAUGGGGCGGAUGAUCCUCGAAGCCUGCCUUUCCCACCCGGCUUACCUCGCCUCCACAUACUUCCCGAAGGUAUGGUAGAAAUUUCAAUUUGGUAAAUCCGAACGGACCUUUUUAACAGAGUAAAUGUAUGCAGCUGGACUUUGUUACGCUUAGUGAAGUCAACAUUCUCUUUUAGGACGGCCCACGGUCCAUUAGAGCCUUAGAGAUGUUUUCUUUUCCUAUUUUUAGAGGUUCUCUACUAGUCAAAGUGACAUUAAUGGAUUUUAUUUUUCUCCAUUAUUGUUUGCAACUCCGCCUGUUUUAUUUUAUUUUAUUUUUCCCAUUCUUCUAAUACGACUUAAAAUCAUGUUAUUUACUUUUUAACACACCUCAUUAUAUCACAAUAUCACACGGUGGACACACUUUGAUUGUCAUUCGAUCUAGUUUCUUCCUAGUCAUGCUACUAUCUUAUGGUAUGAUCAGGUUAUAUGGAAUGUUCUUCGGUGUAACAGGUAACAGGCAUUCUGUAAGUGCGAAUUCAAACAAGAGAACUGGACAUGUUAUCAGAACAGCUUCUCCCAGGUCACCUGUUCCCAGUGCCUUUGAGAGCCUUGAGGGUUCUGCCGAUGAUGACUCGCCUUCUGAUACUAAACUCGAAGAUGCAUAUAUGGAUCCUGAUCGAGAUGAUGUGAGCCUAGUUCAGGACUUAUGAAUGCAUCAUGGCCGUCAUCAUGAUAAAAAUGUCGCAUUCAUUCCAUUUAAUCAUGCUGGGUAUUUAUAAUUGUGUUUUUACAUCUCUCUUAUCUGCAUCCUGCAAAGUGAUGAGCUCAUGUCUUGCAAGUAUCAUAUAAUAAACGAACGAUUAUCUAGUUCUGUUUUGCAAUGUGGCAGAAGCAUGUUCGGUGUUUAGAUUAUGAUUUAAAAGACAGAAAGCAAUUGAUGAGUGUAAGCUAAUGUGAGAGGAGCCCAAAAGGAAACCUCUAUGAUAACAACCCCUAAAUCUAGGUUUGAAACUAUGAAUUGUGAUCGUUGGAGCUCGCUGUAUCGUUAUAAAUUCUUCCUAGAAAGUCUUUCUCCAGCGUUCUACUCCGAAUCAAAGUAUUUUAAUAAUUGUUAUUCAUUUUAAGUGCUACCGAGGGAUUUUCUCGAUUAUCAAUUUUUUCUAGCUUUCAUAAUGCAUAUUUAUUCCCGUUCUCCAAAUCCUGCCAAGUCUAAGGUCUUAUCUGAUCGAACAGGUACCCAAAGGUGAUAGCUUUUUUCAAACAUUGCCAGGUGAAGUUGAAACAGAAGCAAACUCAAAGACAUUAGCUGCAGCUAACAUAAUCAGAUCUCACAGUGUUCCUGGUGACCUGCACGGCGCCCAAGCUGACCCUGUUGCAGCCGAUAUUCUUAGAAAGGAACCAGAGCAUGAGAGAUUCAUAAAACUAAGGAUAACUCCCACCGGUAUAGUAACCAGACACGUCUCCUACAAUACUAAGUAGACAAAAAGGGAAAUCACAACUUAAAAUUGUCGUGCCGGUGGUCAUCCUUUUUUGGGAUUUGCUAACACUAUUUUUGGUGUACUUGUUCGUAGAGACACCAUCCGUGGAUGAAGCUGAGGUUUAUAAGGUUCUUCAAGAAUGUCUAAAAUUACGAGAAGGUUAUGUAUUCCGGGAAGAAGUGGCUCCAUGGGAGAAAGAAAUCAUCACGGACCCCAGUACCCCAAAGCCGAAUCCGAAUCCCUUUGCUUAUGUUGCCGAGGAGAAAACAGACGUAAGUGUGUUUUACUCUUGCUGAGUUAUUGAUGCCGUCAUCUAGAACUCUUCUACCUUUUUGUUGACGUUGUUUUGUUGGCGUUCUGAAUCUCCUUAAUAUAUGUAAACACGUUUUCCUCUUCAGCAUCAUUUUCAAAUGGAAGAUGGAGUCGUUCAUGUUUAUGCAAAUAAAGAUUGUAAGUCAUCACCUAUGGGCCCUGCACCAACAUCAUCAUCCCAGCUUAGGCAGACACUGAUUUAGAAUUUCUGUUUUAUGCUGUGCCUUUUUUUCCAGCUACAGAACGGCUUUUCCCUGUUGCUGACGCAACAACCUUUUUCACUGAUUUACAUCGCAUCCUAAAGGUAAUUGCUGCGGGUAAUAUCAGAACAGUAUGCCAUCGUCGGUUAGUUCUUCUAGAGCAGGUGAUAAUAUAUCCUCUUUUUGGAUCAUUUGACUGUCAUUUUCUUGCAAUGCUUACAGACUGAUCUGGUUAAUUUUUUUUACAGAAAUUCAAUCUGCACUUGAUGCUAAAUGCAGAUGCUGAAUUCCUUGCUCAGAAAAGUGCACCUCAUCGUGAUUUCUAUAAUGUGAGGAAGGUUGAUACUCAUGUUCAUCAUUCAGCAUGCAUGAACCAGAAGCAUCUCUUAAGGUUCAUUAAGUCGAAGCUAAGGAAAGAGCCUGAUGAGGUACACACGCUUAUCAUGUGAACAUGGUCCAAUUUUUUAUGAUAUUUUACCUUUGAAAAGGAGAUUGUUCAUGUAGAAAGGGUUUCAAUAAGACGAAUCAGAUCAGGGUUUUGUGGAAAAGAGAGAAAGGAAAAAAAUGAGACAUUACCAGAUUGCCUAAUGACAGAUUCUUCAUCCCUUUCCUUUUCUAUUUAAUUUCAUCCUUUAAGCUCUGACGACCUAUCUUUGCUGUUUUGGAUAUUUAAUAAGCUGAUCCUUCGGUUUCUUGGCUCAUGUGUGUCACAGAAAUAACAUAAGAAUUAGGAUGACGUAUUCCCUUCUCUUAUUUGGCAUUUUGAACAGUCCAGGGUAGAUGCUGUUAGUCCCUCCCCCUCUCUGCCAUUUUGAUUAGUAUUGGAAAUAAGUUUUUUCAUCUUUGAUGUACUGAUCUCUCUCACCUCUCCGCACCGAAUUAGAGAUUCUAAGGAGAUGGUUUCUACAUCUCUGCUUACAUUCUUCAAGGGGUUACAGUGGCAACAUCACUAAGGACUAGGGCAGAAGUGAUUAACUGUGUACGUCCAUAGAUUUUCUCCACCUGCAAACUAGAUGUUUGUGCAGUCAAAAGUAUCUGCUCUUCUCAUCCUUUCCUGUAUGCUACAGUCUCAGUGGUAAUAUCAGUGAGAUAUUGGGAACAAUGCCAAAGUGAUAAGUUGCUUCACUUAUAACAGCCAGCCUCACCUGCAACUACAUGGUUGCCUCUGCAUUAAUACAGAAGUGAUGAGCUUCUUCACUUCCAUAACCAACCUCUUCUGUUACUUAUAUUCUUGUGGACCCGUGGACCUCUGCUCCUCAUCCUUCCCAGAAUGUCUCACUAUCCACAUGAUUAUCUAUCAUGGGAAUCCAGGGCCCAAGUGUUGCAUCCUUUCAGUGGGAAAGUGUGCAGUGGCUCCUUUCUCUUGCUUUUAUUUCUUGCAAUUCUCAUAAUUGGAUUUUUUAUUAUUACUAUUGUGUGUGAAAGAUGAAUUCAAUACUGAUACUUAAUAACAGUUGCAACUGAACUUGUUUCCUGGUGUCUCAUUUCCACUUUGAAGUUUUUGCAUAUAAAACCUUGUGUCUUUACGGUAAAGCAUACUCCGUGAUUAUUAGUAUGACUCAUGUUUCCGGGUUUUCGUGUAUCUCAAAAUUAAGGUUUUUUUGAUAAUUCUUACCAGUCUCUUGAAAUUUCUUGCUGUAAGGUUAUGCUGGAGUCUUGAAAUUUAAUCAGCUGAUCCUUACCACUCAAGUUUUUUUUUCUUUGUCAACUGGUCUGAUAAUCAGUUUUGUUCUCACUAAGGUUUAAAUACGGUAUCAUUUCAUUUAUUGUUGAAUGAUGCUGCUUAUUUCGAGAUUUCUUGCACCUUAUAUUCAUUUAAGCCAUACUUAAAUUGUGCAAUUAAUUCAUAUUUGCUCGACGUGAAAACCCGCACUGCUUCAUUUAGCUUAAAUUCAAAUGAAAUUUUAUAUCUUUAAGUCACAACGAAGAAGUUAAUUAUUUUUGUAAGUAAUCGUCCUUAUAGUUUAUUUAACAACUUUACCUAGUACAUUUAUAUCUACAAAGCAAUAUUCUUUGAAUGCUCUCUUAUUCUAGGAGGCAGUUUUUUUGUCAUGUUUUAUUUCUUUGGUUAUCCUUGGUGUUACCAAAAUGCCAGAGGUAUUAACCUUAUUUCUAUCUGUAAACGUUAUGCAUGCCAGCAAGAGGACAGUGAGAAAGUAAUAGUGCCAAACGUGAGCUUGAUGCUUAAUCUUAGGUAUCUUGACAUUUGUUAAUGUCCUUAGGUGGUCAUAUUCCGAGAUGGAACCUAUCUGACGCUGAAAGAGGUUUUUGAGAGUUUGGAUUUGACGGGGUAAUCAAGAAUCCUUUUCAACUCUGAACUGAUUUUUUCUAUUUUUUACUUCCUGGAACAUGCCCUCCUUAUUUUCUGAUGGCAGGUAUGACCUAAAUGUAGACUUGCUGGAUGUUCAUGCGGAUAAGAGCACAUUCCAUCGCUUUGACAAAUUUAAUCUCAAGUACAAUCCCUGUGGUCAGAGUAGGCUACGGGAGAUAUUUCUUAAGCAAGAGAAUCUCAUUCAGGGUAACACGUCCUCAUUUACAAUAUUUUGAGCACAUUUUCUUGUUUUUCUGGAUCUAUUCUAAAACGUUUGGAAUCGAGCGUCAUUCUAGAAAAAAAAAAAAUUGUCCCCUGAAAAGUAUGCUGAGCCGUAGAAAUAACCGUUAUUUUGGAUCUAGAUAGACUUAUCAAGUAUACUAACUAUUUUUGACUGUCGGCAUAGAUCCUUCCUGUACACCUGUAAAUUUGAACGCCGUUUCCUUGCAACAUUUUGUAGUUGGUGGACUGCAGAUAUCAACCUUUAAAGCAUAUUGUGGCUCCUUCCCGACAAUGUACCCUCGUUUCUGGAAAACUCUUAUGCGUUCUUUAAAAUUAAUAAUGAUUUAAUUUUCUUCUCUAUUCUCUCUUUCUGAAUAAUUUUUUUAGUAUCAAUCACUGGACCCAGGCUGAGAUUCUUUUUCCUGGAUGUCAAUUUGAUAGAUUUCUCUGAUCCACAUGUAAUCAACUCUGGCUGAUCCCGGGACAGGUUUUGUUUUCCGUACUAAUGAGACGCGUCUAUGAAACCCCCUGCUUUCAUACUGUGAAUCUGAUUAUGGCUGAAUUGUUAGUGUACGAUGUCAUUAUUUACUACAUCCAAAAUGAGGGGAUAAAAACUUGAGCACAACUUUGACGUUUACAAGCACAAAUGGAUUGGUUGUUGUCACCAAAUUAUAUUGUUAACUUGGAGGUUGAAUGAGAAGAAUUACUAUAACUGCCGAAUUAAAUGUUAAGAUUGGGCCGGCAGACUUGCUGCUGCUUAGUCUGACUUUUGUGUGUUGGAUAUCUUUGUCUAGGUACACACACUUGGACCAAUAAAGUUAACAAGACUGUUAAAGGGAAUGUAUUGCUUUUCGAGUUUUAUCUAAAAACUUGUCCAAGCCAGGAACGCCUCUCCACAAUUUGUCGUUGUUGUUUCUUUUUCUUUGUCUUUGUCUCAAUCAAAUAUUGCUUAGAUUAACCAUGGCUAAAGCAUUUGCCUACAAAGUUUUGCUGUUCUGCUGGUGGGUUUUCACGAGCAUUGGUUGGCACCUGAAUUUAGCAAAAAGGAAGAUGAGUAAUUGGGUGGAACUUGGAUAAAGUCGAAGGGUAUUCAAAUUCCCUGAUUUAAUCAACGACUCUAAUUUGAUUUGAAUAGAAAGUACAUUCGUCUAACGUUUUAACGUGCUCGGACAGUGAUUUUGGGAGGACCUGGUAUCUCCAAGGCAGGCCAAAAACUGCACGUGGAACACUGAAUUAAGGCUGAAACUUAAACAAACCUCAGAGCUUGGAAGUAGCGGAGUUUAUUGGACAAAACUUUUACGUAUUAUUUUUUUUAUAAUUUCUAGCACAUAGGCAACUUCUUUUUUGCUGAAAUCUAGUCAAUCCUCCUACUUGCAUUGAUUAAGCCGCUCUUGUGGUUCCUCAGCACGUUUAUGGCAUUACGUCCACUACCCCUGACCGUUUAGUUAAUUUUUUGCAUUUUUCAUAUAAUCUUAAUAUUUGGUUACUUUGUUUUUAUUUUUGGUAUAUUUUCCAGUAAAUAUUUUACGGAUAUGUCGAUGUUCAUCAGGUCGCUUUCUUGCUGAAGUGACGAAAGAAGUGUUCUCUGAUCUAGCUGCAAGUAAAUACCAGGUACUUUCCUACUGAAGGCGAAUACAUGUCACCACAUUGUCUUAUCUAUACACAUUGCUCAAUAUGCGCGAGUUAUGCUCUUGACAUUGUGGUUAGUCUACGCAGUGUUUCUUUUUAUUUGUUUACAUCCAUUUCACAAGAAGGAAGAGAUUACAUUUUUAAAAUCCUUGUUAAGGCCGCUGUGGAUGUCUUGUAUACAUGUAGGUUCUUGGAUUUUGCCCCUUUUAAGCAUUGCUCAUGGACAUGGAGGAUUCCGUAUUUCUUCUUGGGAUUUCUGGGUAUGCCCCUGGUGCUUGGUGAGGGUGUUGGAGUUGUUGGCUGUUAUUUAUUUUUGUUUGCAUUGGGUGGGGUCUAUUAAUACAUACGUUCUCACAUGGCUCUUAAUAAAUCUUGGCCCCAGCUUCGCUUUCACCCUGAUUGGUGUUUGAACAUGCCUUUGUGUUUAGCAAGGCACACAAGUUUUCAUGUCAUCAUCAAGUUUAAAGUGUCAUUGGUUGACUGAUCAGCUGACAUAUAAACUAGGAACAAAGAGAAAAAUAACCCAUUAGGAUGCCUCAAGUGAGAAAAUAAUUUUUUUGGAGAAAAUUCAAUACCUGUCCUAUCCUACCAGGUAUUUUAAGAAACUGUCUUAUUUUUUUGGGAAAUUGUUUGUAGAGGGUCCAUAUCUUUUUUCUGUGAUUUUAGUUUUGUAUCUGUACUUUUACUCGUUUUUUAUGUUUUCUAUAUUACUGAUUCCUAGGAGGCCAGCUGAGCUCAAUGCAUAUAGAUAAAAUAUAUUUAUAUAUUAUAUUCCACAAACCUAUCCCAGAUGAGGCCAACAAACCUUUUCAAAUAAUUAUAUAUCAGCUCACUCUUGUCUUGUUAUUACUUGGCAUUUAUGCUUGUCUAAUUGUUGGUCUCACCCUUUUUGCAGAUGGCAGAGUAUAGAAUAUCGAUAUAUGGUAGGAAGCAGAGUGAGUGGGAUCAACUUGCCAGCUGGAUCGUCAAUAAUGAUUUAUACAGUGGAAAUGUGGUUUGGUUGAUUCAGGUCUGUGUGUUGAUUUGUUGAAUUUCGUUGUCCCAUUUCAUACUUGAUCAUGGCAAUGCAUUCAUGGGUAUGAAACAGAUUCACAUAUGCCUCUGUUAAUUCUUUUGCAGCUUCCAAGAUUAUACAACGUGUACAAGGAAUUGGGGAUUGUAACAUCAUUCCAGAACAUUCUUGACAACAUUUUCCUCCCACUUUUUGAGGUCACUGUUAAUCCAGAUUCACAUCCUCAAUUGCACGUUUUCUUGAAGCAGGUAAAGCUAAAUGCAAUUUUUUCUGAUUUUAUUUUGUUACCACUGGCCUGACACACUAUGAAAAAGUAUCACUGGCUUGUUCAAAUUAAUUCACAUGAAAAUUUUCUAAAGUAAAUUACGGUGUUUUUAUAAACAAUGUCUUUUAAUUGUUUCUUUCCAUCGGGUUGUGUGACUUUCAGACGUUGGGUGAGUUUCAAUUGAGCUGAGAGAUGCAGGGGAUCAUUGUUAGACGAAAUGUAUUUGAGAAAUUUGACAGUUUAGCUUGCUGAGGUAGGAGGAGAGUGUAGUAUGUGUCCUUGGUCUGUAUCCUCUCUUGCUGGUUUGUUCUUCCGGCUUCAGGGAAGUGGCAUUUGGAGUGUCUGGGUCCUGUUUCAUGCACGUGGCUAUCCUUUUAGCUGAUACGAACAUUAUUACUAGCUCUGAUUAGAUCUGUAUCAUGUCUGUAUUAACAGACGUGAUAAUUGAUUCACUCCAUUUUUCAUAUCUCAGUCAGUUUUACAAGACCCUUCUUUUGUUGUGAUGAUUGUAAGAUUUGUUUGAGUUUUUGUUCAACAAUUGCUGAUUCUGAAUGUUUACUAAGAAUCUGAUGGUCAUAUGAAAUAUUUCAGACUCUCCACCAUGUGUGGCCUUUUGGAUAUCGAGGAUAAUAGCAGUAGUUGCUUUUGUCCAUGCCGCUUUUUUGGUGAUUUAAAUGCAGGACUUGUGAGCUUUCCUGUAUAUUUACGUUGAUAUUCUUGUUUACAAAUGAACAAAACUUGCUAGACAAUUAUGACUGCGACCCAACCGAUAUCUUGUUUUUUCGUUAUUGGCUUUGAGACUCGAUUCGGAUGUUGCUUUGGAAAAGUUUACGGAACAGAUUUAAUUGUAGAAAUCUAAAAAAAAAGCUUCUUACCAGAUGGCCCGCAAAGUAGUUCUUUUAUCUCUCAACAAUCUCCAAGAUUUCAGGAGUCUAAGAUUCUCACCAGGAAUAUUCUCGAGCUUGCAGCUUUGGCUGAAUAGAUGAGAGAAUUUGUAGGGAACAGUCGUGAAAGCUAAAGCGUUCCCAAAUUACAUUACAUGCAUCUGAUUUUAUUUUUUUCCGUUAUUCUUCCUAAUGAUUAUUUUGUGACCUAGGUUUAUUAGAGGUGACAUGUGGGUUAUGUGGAAAAUUUCCAGGUUGUGGGAUUGGACCUAGUGGACGAUGAAAGUAAGCCUGAGAGACGACCGACAAAGCAUAUGCCAACACCAGCUCAGUGGACAAAUAUUUUUAAUCCUGCAUUUUCAUACUAUGCAUACUACUGCUAUGCAAAUUUAUACACGCUAAACAAGGUAAGAAUCAAGCCCCAAAUGGUAUCAAAUCCUUUCAAAUAAUUCAAAUUGUUACAAGACGCGGAAUUAUAUCUUACUAAGAUAACAGUUUAGAUCAUUAAAGUUUAUGGCCGGCUUUGAACGCUAUACAUUUUGAUAAUCUCUAUUAAUGCCACCAGCUCCGUGAAUCGAAGGGCAUGACAACCAUCAAAUUCCGUCCACACUCUGGUGAGGUAGUAAUCGUACCCAUUUUACUCAUUUCCAUGUAUUUUAUGGUCCACCAAUUUUGAAUUUUAUGACGUACUCUUUGUUGUGACCAGGCUGGUGAUAUUGACCACCUUGCUGCCACCUUUCUCACGGCUCACAAUAUUGCUCAUGGUAUCAAUUUGAGGAAGUCACCUGUCCUGCAGUACUUGUAUUAUCUUGCACAGGUAUAUGAAGUGCUCUUCCAAGUCUUUUGUUCCCUACUUGCUCUCCUUUCGUUUUAUUCUUCUGGACCUUUCUCAUUUUGCUCACACGCUAGUAUUUAUUUUCCAUCAUUUUGAAUCUAUCGAUAAAGCAGAGGUCUUUCAUUUACUCUUCAACUGGUACUCAUUCUUGAGCGAUGCCCAAAUUCUAACUCAUGGAAUUUUCUUCUUCUUUUUCUUUUCCUUUUUUUUCAGAUUGGUUUGGCAAUGUCUCCUUUGAGCAACAACUCCCUAUUUCUAGAUUAUCACCGAAACCCUUUUCCCGUUUUUUUUAUGCGGGGCCUCAAUGUUUCUCUCUCUACCGACGAUCCUCUCCAGAUACACUUGACAAAGGAACCGUUAGUGGAGGAAUAUAGUAUUGCGGCUUCGGUAUAUGCAUGGGCUACCUCCCACACCCUCCGCACCUUUCAUUUCAGGAAAUAUGAAAGGAAGUUCCACUUUUUCUUUUACUUGCAGGUAUGGAAGCUAAGCUCGUCCGAUAUAUGUGAGAUAGCCCGUAACUCGGUCUACCAAUCUGGGUUUUCACAUGCUCUGAAGGUAUGUGACAAAUGUAUGAUGCAUUGGGUUGUUGAGCCAAUCCUGUCAGAGAAUGUUAGAAUCUUCCUUUAGACAUUAGCUGCUCAUGGGCUGCAUGCAUGCAUGUAGCCACAAGUGUUUUUAUUUUAUUUUAUUUUAUUUUAUUUUAUUUUAUUUAUGAGAUAUAAUGGAUAUCCUUGUUAUUUUCUCUUGUAUGUAGCACAUGAGGUUGAUUUUCUGAGAUAAAAAGGUCAGAAGAUACGAAUCUAUCACAAAUGACAGUGACAAGAAGGCAAUAGCAAAUUAAUAUUCCAUAUGGGAGCAUCAGUUUAUUCUGUUCCACACUUCAAGAACCCUAUGAUAAUAAAUUACAACACCUUGUAGAUUUAUUAGGAAUAUUCCAGCAAUACAUUCAUCCAUCAAGAGUUGUGCAUUUUUACUCUCAUCAUCUUCGCAUUAUGCUCUGCUCUUUCUGCUGUUGCGAUUGAACUGUUCGAGCGCUUAAAGCCGCCAUCAUGGAACGUUUUCUCUAGUAGACAUUUGUUACUGCUGCUGACCCGUGACUUCGGAAUCUACAAAAGUUCUGACAAGUAGUACUCGUUUGUUCAGUCCCACUGGAUUGGAAAAAUGUACUACAAGCGCGGGCCAGAUGGAAACGACAUCCAUAAGACGAAUGUGCCUCAUAUCCGAAUCGAAUUCCGUGAUAUGGUACGUGUAUCCCACUGAAGCCGUUCAUCCCCGUCGGUCGUCCCCUGGCUUUCCUCUCAGUCCAUGAGGCAUCUGUUGACAAUGUCACGAUUCUUGUAGAUAUGGAGAGAGGAGAUGCAGCUGGUGUUUCUGGGCAAGCCUGACUUGCCUGAAGAGACGGACCCGUGA